CCCUUUUGUGUAACGGCCCGCCUCAAUGAAAUAUAAAACAGAGUCAAAUAGUUGUACUGAGUUACAGAAUAUUUGAAUUUGUCCUGCAGUAAACACAAUUCCGCUGCACUGCAUUUGUUAAACCCGUAUAAUGGAUGUAUUGUUUGCUUUACAGACAAACUUUUGGCCUUUAUUAAUUGCUGCUGCUGUUUUCUUUUUUAUUUGGAAAAGUCGCAGUAAAGAAUAUCAGUGUAAGUUUGGACGGCUGCCUCCAGGUCCAGCUCCUGCACCUGUGUUUGGGAAUUUCUUUCAGGUUUAUGUAAAGGAACCGUACAACUAUUACCUUGAGCUCAGUAAAAAACAUGGAUCUAUUUUCACCCUUUGGUUUGCCAACACACCUGUUGUGGUGAUCUCUGGAUACCGAGCCCUGAAAGAAACAAUGAUUGGUAUGGGCAAUGAGUUUAGUGGCAGGGCAAACUACCCUCUCAUAAUGAAGAUCACUAAUGGAUAUGGUGUUUUGGUCAGCAGUGGGGAAAGAUGGAAGCAGCUUCGGCGGUUCACUCUGUUAACCCUCAAGAACUUUGGGAUGGGUCGACACACCAUCGAGGACAAGGUGAAGGAGGAGGCCAGCUGUCUUGUGCAAAGUUUUAGUACAUUUGGAGACUCAGCUUUCAAUCCAGGAAUCAUAAUAAAUAAAGCAGUGUGCAAUGUGAUCUGCUCAAUCAUAUUUGGACAGAGAUUUGAAUCAGAUGACCCACAGUUAAAUCUUAUGCUUGGGGCUGUUGAUGACUACUUUAAUGUUCUCAGUAGUCGACUUGGACAGGCCUAUAAUAUUUUUCCCAAAAUUGUGGGCCUUUUCCCUGGACGUCUCCAUGACAUGUUGUCAGAAGUGGAAAAGGCCAAAGGUUUAUUUAAGCUUGAAGCAGAGGCACGGAUGAAGACACUGGAUCCUUCUUCACCCCCUAAAGAUUUUAUUGAGGCUUUUCUUUUACAAAUGGAAGAGGAGAAGCAUAACCCUAAUACAGAAUUUACCUUCAAUAACUUAUUGUGCACAACAUGGGCCAUGUUUAGUGCUGGCACUGAGACUACGUCUUCUACAAUCAGACAAAGCCUGCUGCUAAUGAUGAAGCACCCAGAUAUUCAAGCACGAGUCCAGAAGGAGAUUGAUAAAGUGGUUGGGCAAGACCGAUGCCCUUCUAUUGAUGACAGACAGAACAUGCCAUAUACAGAUGCAGUCAUUCACGAAGUUCAGCGCUCCAUGGAUCUUGCUCCCACUGCUGUUCCACAUAAAAUGUUAUAUGACACUGAGUAUAGGAACUAUCUCAUACCCAAGGGAACCAUGGUUCUUCCUUUGCUGUCUUCUGUGCUUUCUGACCCUAAGCUAUGGAAAAACCCUGACAAUUUUGAUCCAGAGAACUUUCUGGAUGAAAAGGGACGAUUCAAAAAAAGUGAUGCAUUUGUUGUAUUUGGAAUGGGGAAGCGGGCAUGUUUGGGUGAAGCUCUGGCCCGAGUGGAACUGUUUAUUAUUUUCACCUCUCUCCUCCAGCGCUUCACCUUCAGGGCCACUCAACCACCAGAAGAGAUCGACACCACUCCUACAAACUGCAGCUUUAGCCGCCAACCUCAUUUCUAUGAGUGUUAUGCUGUGCACAGAACAUAAGCGGUUUUUCGUGGACGGCAACUUCUUUCUAUUGAUUGCUUUCUUUUUAUUUGACAUCCUUGACAUAAUGACAAAGUGUCCUAAUGAGAAUCUAGGCUAAAAUGUUUAUAAUCAUCUUUGAUAUAGUCUCUUGUAUCUAUUUUUAAAAGUCUGCAACAAGUGCAGUUAAACAUGCAUAGUGAGAAUUUAAUACUGAAAAAACACACAUUAGUAUUCAGAGCUCUGAAAUGUGUUUUAUAACCACCUGAUAAAUGAAGGUGGAAACCAUAUAAAACUGAAUCAAGUUAUGUGAUUUAUGUAAUAUUUACAACUAGGACUAUUCAUGCAGCCAAAUAUUACCAUUGUACUAGACUUCUAUUAAAUUUAAAUUUGAACGCUUGCCAUCUUCUUAUGCAUAUAUAUAAUGAUAUAAAAUAUUAUGAUAUAUAUAUUAGUCUUUAUUAUUUUUGUCUUUUUCCCAUUAUCCUACAAGCAAGUACUCUUAAUAAUCUCAAUAGGCCACCUAAAAAGAUCUGCUUACAUUGCACAAAACUUUUCUUUCCUUCUUUAUCCUUCUUUUUAUUUUUAAUUAUUCAGUAUGAUUGUUGUAUCUCAGUAUGAUUGUUCUAUAAGCAAUCAUUUAAUAUAGAUUAACUAACAUUUCAGACACCAUAUGGUCAAAUGUUUUGUAUAUUUUUGAUCUGCUAGGGGAAAUACAUCCUCACUGAAAGCCUGUCAGUAGCUGGCUAGCUUGCUGCUCAUUAUUUUGUACAUUCUCCUUAAAUGUGAAACUGUUUCUCUUGUUCUUUUACAAAUAAUGAGCUUUCAUAAAUCAAGUAAAUGUUGCUAAAUCUGUUGAAUAUUUUCUUCAACUAUAUGGUCUUAACUGCUAGAACUGGAGAUCAGCCAGGACACCUGUGUAUGCAUUUUGGUGCACAACCACAGACAGCAGCUAAAUGUAAAGAUUUUUUUUUGUGGCUGAACUUAUGUCAUGCUUUUUCCAGUACAAAUGAUUAAUGGUCAUUAAUUGAGUUACAUUUUCUACUUUUAUUUUUGUGAUAAAAUAUUUAAAAAUCAGUGACAAAAACAUUAAAAUAUAAGACAUA